AAUGAAUCUCUCUCAAUCCAAGUUUCGUCCUUACUACUAAACGUCUGACAGACUGCUCUAACAUGGCUGAGUGUGGAAUUUGUUUAGAGGAGAUUAAAAAGCCUGUCUGCAUUCCGUGUGGUCACGUUCACUGUGAAAAAUGCCUACGCGCCCAUAUAAAUUCCGGAAACGAUGCUUUGAAAUCUUCGUGCCCAUCGUGUCGAAGCAUAUUCCAUAUUGCUAUGCCUGAUCUAUCUUUUGUUCCCAAAAAAUACCAUGACUUCAUGGCUCCCAGCGUACGCAAGUUAUACUUAGACAUUGCUUCUCCUGCUCCGUUGGUCGCUGAGAUCGAGCAACUCAAAACAAGCGUCGCUGCGUUGAGUAGGGACCGUGUUGCUCUGAUGGAGAGAUGUGAGGCAUACAUGGCAGCUUCCCGUCAGUAUGCCGUAAGUGAGAAGGACGCUCGUUUGGAAGCCCAGGCUGCUCGGGAAGCCACCAACCGGCUGCAGGUGAAGUAUGAUGCUUUAGAAAGAGAAUUCCUGGAUCGUUCAACUCUAUCCCAGACAUCUCCUGACGGGCGAAAACGCAAAGGCAGGGAGAGCGUCGAUAACUCGCGCAUUUCCUUCCGUCAAGAAGAACAUCCUUCCUUUGCUGUGAAGUCAGCUGUGAAGCUCGAAGAGCUCCCUGAUGUACUCGAAGCUGUACCUUUACGCAUGAAGCGUGCACUUCCCAGGUCAAGCGUGGCUUCAUCAUCGCAGCACGAACGGUCUCACGAUCCUCCUCCUCGAUUCGUUAAGCGUCAGCGGCGCGCGAGACAUUCGGACAUUGGCCCAGGAUUGCAGAUUCAGAUGCUUGAACAAUGCGAAGGUUGUGAAGAGUGUCUGAGUCACGGAAUCUGCUGUCAGUGAAAUCAUCCAGCCAAGACCACACGCAUCAUGUCCUCUCACUUCUUUGUACACUGUAGAUGCUGAUGCACAUGUAUUGAUAUUUUUUGCAAUGAUAAUAUAUGCUUGCCAUUUAA